AUUUUUUAAGCAAAAUGAAGAGUGAGUACACGAAGUUAAACCAGGAAAAUUCUACACACAAAAAAAGUAAACUUCGUAUUUGUGGUGGUUUAUUAACAGUUUUGAUCGGAGCUGCCAUUGGAGUUGGCUUGCCUCUACUUAUUGUUUUAUCUUUUUCACAAACAUUUAAUUACGCACCAGUAAUAUAUCAAGGUACCUCAAAGUCGACUUAUGGUAAAUUUGGAACUGUAGCUUCAGAUGAGCAGCAUUGCUCUUCACUUGGGACAAACAUAAUGGCAAAAAAGGGUGGGAGUGCGGUUGAUGCUGCAAUUAUUACACUAUUAUGUCUAGGAGUUGUUUCACCUAUGUCGUCAGGUUUAGGUGGGGGACAUAUAAUGUUAAUUUAUGGAGAGCAUGAGGUGGUUUCAGAGAUUGCAAGAGAAAAAGCCCCUUUAGCAGCAUCUGAAGAACUAUUCGAAAGACCAUCGAAUGAAUCCAUGUAUGGAGGUAGGGCCAUUGCUGUGCCCGGAGAGAUUGCAGGUUUACAUAAAGCCUGGUCAAAAUUUGGCAAACUUCCUUGGAGUGACUUAUUUGAACCUAUCAUAAAAUUAGCGGAAGGAUUUCCUGUCCAGCACGCUUUAGCAGAGGCUUUCAAGAAAAAUUUUGAUAUGCUAAAAUCUAGCCCUAGUCUAUCGAAAACCUUUUUGAAACAUGAUGGGUCAAUAUAUAAAGAGGGAGAAAUUCUGAAAAGAGAAAAUCUCGCCGAAAGUCUUAAAAAAAUUUCAAAAGAAGGUGCUAAAGCAUUCUACAACGGUUCUCUAACUGAAGAUAUAUUACUCGAUUUGCAAGAUCAUGGAAGUAUAAUAAAAAAAGAAGAUCUUAACCAGUUUGAAGCUUAUUUCGCUAGACCUGUUAAAUCAAAUCUAUCAAGCCUAAAUAUUACAGUAUACUCUCCUCCACCGCCAUCAUCCGGUCCUGCGUAUCAACUAAUGCUUAAUUUAUUAGACCAUUUAAACUUGAGUCCACAAAACAUAAGCGAAUUCGAAAAAUCAGUCGAUUUAUAUCACAGUCUAAUAGAAAUUUUUAAAUUCGGAUUUGCUGCAAAGAGUUUUUUAGGAGAUCCCUCUUUCAAUCGUUUCAUGAAUCACACUGUUGAAGACAUGUUAUCAGAGUCAACGAUAAAAAGAAUACUUUCGAAAAUAGACAUGAAUAGGACACACGACGUUCCUUAUUACGAACCAGCGGGGGAAAUUUCCGAAACACAUGGCACAACUCAUGUUGCAGUAAUAUCCCCAAACGGAGAUGCAGUAAGUGUCACUUCUACCAUAAAUUUAUCGUUUGGCUCAAGAAAAGUGGGAGAAAGAACAGGUAUUAUAUUUAACAAUCAAAUGGAUGACUUUAGCCGUAUUUCAACAAAGGAGAAUUUUUGGGGAGCCUUAAAUUCUCCUGCUAAUCAAAUAAGACCAGGAAAAAGGCCUCAGUCAAGCACAUGCGGAUCAAUUUUUACAGAUUUUUCAGGAAAUGUGAAAUUCGUUGUGGGAGCUUCUGGAGGAACGAAAAUUCCCCCAGCUGUCUUAACAGUUUCGGCAUUUGCGUUAUGGCUUCAAAAAGAUGUAGAUGAUGCAGUUAAUAUUGCAAGAUUUCAUCAUCAGUUAAUGCCUAAUAGGGUUCUAUAUGAGAGUGCACUACCUAAAUCAUUAAUUCAAGCAUUAAAAAAGCGAGGUCAUAAAAUGGUCGAACAAAGUCCUGAACUAGGGGUUGCAGUAUGUCAAGCUAUAAAAAGUAACUGUUCGACAACGAACUUAUGGGAUGCUACAAAUAUAUGUCUACAUUCUGUAAGUGAUUUUAGGAAGAGUGGAGGUCCAGAUGCUUAUUGA